AAACACACACACACACACACUUCUCUCUCUGUGUCUUGUACUGCAAAUUUCUUUCUUGUCCGAUAACACCUUUGUUCGAAAAGAAAAUGGAGAAGCUGAACUCGAAGCUGUAUCUGGAGAACUGCUACAUCAUGCAGGAGAACGAGAGGCUGAGGAAGAAGGCGGAGCUUUUGAACCAGGAGAAUCAGGCCCUUCUCAACGAGCUCAAGCAGCGGCUCGCCGCCGCCGCCGCCGCCGCCGGAACUACCAUCCCUGAUCUCAACCUGUCGGGAUCCACCUCCGCCGCUGCCACCAAGAAAGCCAAGAAGUGAAUUAAGGAAAAAAAAAAUAGCUAGCUAGUACUAGGAUUGCCAGUUUUUACAUAGAAAUAUUUAAUUUGCUAGUUUUUCCGUCAAUUUCAGUUUGUUUUUGUUCCUAUAUAUUAUAAUUAUUAUAUGAUGCUGUUAUCAGUA